UGAAUUGCCGGGACUGACCUCCAUAGUGUCUAAUCCUGUGAAUGUUUCGUUCGUUGGAUUAUCACUGGAGACUAGUGGGUUGAACUACUUCUUAGGAAAUGUGUCCCACCCCAACGUAUUUUUCAAAAACCUAUUAAUGCAAUUGGGUCACACCAGCAAUGUAAAAUCGCAGAAAGUGGCGACACACAAGAUUCAACCUGGUAUGAUGCACAUCUCUCAACGGAUAUCAUUGUGAUGCGAAACUUAAGUGUCGUUCCGAACGAGUGGGUCACUGUUGGUCCUCUUGCAUUUGAUCAAAUGAGCACCCUGUCGUCUACAAUGCCUAUCAAUUGGAUCAUCGGAUUGAACUUCAAUGUGUCUUCUGUAGAAAACCCAGAGAAUGCACUGGCAAUGGCGACGGCCGCGGAAAGCUCGAUUGGCGAAAAUAUUUAUGCAUUUGAAAUUGGAAACGAACCAGAUAAUUUUGUAACUGUAAAACAACGACCACCAGGAUGGAACAUGGCUGACUACGUUGAAGAGUGGGCGCCAUUCGCACUCAAACUACAACAAACUGUUCCAAGUACCAGGCAUCAAGGCAUAGAGGCUGCUGUUUUCGGAGGAGGUGGCUGGCGUAUUACUGACCUUCUCAACUAUGACAUUAACGGCAGCACCUUUAUAGACACUUUCCAGACUAGCAUCAAAGGAGUAUCGAAGCACCAAUACCAAACAAGCAACUGCAAUCUACUUAAUCCUCCUGUCCUACAAGAUUUGCUCAACCACUCGAGUAUUGAAAGCAAAGUUAAGAAUGCUGUGAGCGGGUUGAGUUCGGACGACCUAGCCACGUACGCUUUUCGCUUAGGAGAAUUCAAUAGCGUAAGCUGCGAGGGACGUAACGGUCUAUCCAAUAGUUUUGCAAGUGCUCUUUGGGCCAUUGAUUACAUGAUGCUUUUGGCCUAUAAUAAUGUAACCGCAUGCAACAUACAUAACCGUUUUCCAAGCUAUUACAAUAUUGCUGACAGGGUCGGUGGAGUAUGGAAAGCACAGCCAGUCUGGUAUUCACUGCUGUUCAUCGCUCAAGCUUUUGGUGGCAUUAAAGGAAACGGCGUCUCUAUAACCAGCCUAGCAACAGAAGACCCCGAUAUGCCAGCAUACGGUCUAUACAAGCAAGCCAUUUUAACGUCUAUCAUUGUCAUUAAUCUGAAACGGCCUUCGUCUGGAUAUCAAAAUCAGACUAUAACUUUAAUAGUCGAUACUAGCAAAAACCAAUACUCUACCCAACCACUCUAUUUAUCAUCUCUUGUUACGAAAGCUGCUGAAUAUCAAUCCGGGAUUCGUUGGGCAAAUCAGACGAUGGAUGGAUCGACUGAUGGUAAAAUCCAGGGAAAGCCAUAUGCAACUGUGCUGCAGCCUAAUGUUUCUAGUUCGUCCAUUACCUAUUCGUUCGUUAUACCAGCAUUCUCAGCACAUUUACUGGAGUAUAGGAAAUCUGUCGUCAAAGAAGGCUUUGCUUCUGGUUCUUCUGGGUCUUACGGAAACGUCAAGACUAUAACUCGGAAUAUAUUACUAUUGAUGCUUUUAAUUUGUCAUUUGAGAUGAAACUGUAUUAUAUUAUUAUAUUUACAAUGAGAAA